GCUCUCCCCUCUUGCCGCUUCGUACUCAUCAUUAAGGAUGUUGCAAUGUGCGCACGUCGCCUGGUGAUGCUCCGCCCACGUUUCGCUUCCCGCUGACGGAGAUCUUGCCGCGGUAUUGCUGCGCGCUGAAGCAGGGCAUGGAAGGAUGGCGGUACUGCAACCAAAUGCCUACCCAGGCUCCCCUGCAGCUGGAGCCGGGCAGCGCGAUCUGCUCGCCGGAGCGCAAAACACAGACACGGCACCACGACGCGCUGAUGACCAGCGCUGCCUGCGACGAGUGAAUGACUCGAAAGAGCAGCUGAAGAGGAGGACGCGGGCACGCGGUACGAGCAACGGCACAAUCGACACCUCGACGAGCAACUCGACUUCGGCCGGGCGUUCAUACACUGUCGCGAACGUGCAUAACGGCGUAAUUUACCUCAGACCUGUAGUGCGCGCUGGGAAUCAGCGCAAUCGUCCUCAGCCAGACCCGUUCGUCUUUCCACCUUCGACGCCCCCAGAUAGCGCAACACUCGGCUCGGACCUGCGUCCAACAAGCAAUGAAUGGGAGCAAAGCCUCUACGGCUCGAGGACACCGCGCUCCGAACCCACCCCGCCGCUGCCGCUCAACCUGAUCACAGAAUAUGAGGCUAGACAGCAGGCGCACGCAGAACAACCCUCCACCUCACGACCUAUCGCCCACGCCCGCUCGCACUCUUUCUCAACUGUCGACGAUCACACUGUCACCCCAGCGACCACCGAGCCUGGAACAUUCAAAGUGGUCAUCGAAAGACCUCCAUUUGGUGGGCGACCCAAGACGGCUGAUACAUCUUCGUUGCUCCUGCUGCAGGUCCCAAUUCCUCAUUACCGUCUUGGGACGCCACGCUUCAGUACGAGAGGCACUGCGGAUUUACGCAGCUCGACCUACACCCGCACAUCAGGCACCGAAGAGUUCAGAAACUCACUUUUGACCCCACAGCGUGUGGGUUCACACUCGUUUCUGUCGUCACGCCCACAGUCAGACGCAUUCUCGCCUGUUCCUGCCAGAUACCGUGCGACUAUGGACCGACCGCCUCUCCCUGCGUCGGCACCGUCUUCCUCUCGUGUCUCACACUCUCCCAUUGAACCGCGGCUGUACGAUGCCCUGACCAUCAACCCUGAUGAUAGGGCUGUGGUGAGGUUCUCCCCUUCUGGCGAGAUCCUUGCAGCUACCCCUUCACGACUCGUUGCGCACAUCACUUCCCCGAGUUUCCUGGACUACGAACUGCUGUCGGACUUCUUUCUCACGUUCCGUGCCUUCCUGAGCACUAGAGAUCUGGUCGCUUAUCUCAUUGCACGAUUGAGAUGGGCGGUUGACAGACAGGAUGAUUUUGGUCGCAUUGUACGAGUGCGAACGUUCGUGGCCCUUCGUCACUGGAUCUUGAACUACUUUGUGGACGACUUUGUGACAUCCCAUAACCUGCGAACGUACUUCUGCAACUUGGUCAAUGGUCUCUACCGAGACCUGAAGGCUCGCGCGGAUGGAGGUGCCGGCGAUGUGAAGAUUGUGGGCGAGCUGAAGAAGUGCUGGCGGAGGACUUGUGUCUUGUAUUGGGAGACCGAAGAUGGCCUGGGCAAAGACUUCGCAGAUGAAGAGCUGCUUCCUGGCGGGUUUGUCGAGUUACCGGCGACAUAUGAAGAGCCAGAGCUACCCGCGGCGACACCAGCCACCCCACGGCAAGUAGACCGCGAUACAAAAGAGACCAUGGGAUCAAAUCCGAGCGACCAAUUCGCCAGCCGCCAUAUGGAAUGGGCACAGAAGGCUCGUCACACGCCUCAGAAUUCCUUGAGUUUGCCGUACGUACCCUCAAAUGAAGGCGGGACUGUUCAGGUACCACUGUCGCCGGAGAGUGAAGGGAGCAUGCACAUCCUGUCUUGUUCCCUUCCACGACGUGGCUUCAUGAAAAGUGAGCAAGCCAUGAACCUACCUCUUUAUCCCCAUCCAGUACCACACCCUCCCGCGGCGCCCGCCCGUUUAGCGGCAAGCCCACAACAGCCAGCGUCGAACAAGAAGAACACCCGUCUGUCACACAUUCACAAUCGUACCGGCAGCUUCUCCGACGCUCUGAGAGAUAGCAGAGCUCCUCUAUCAAUCCCAAAGAACGCCUCGGUAGAUGUGACCAUCUCUGCGGUAACAAGCAUGCCUGGUAGUCUUGUGCGCGGUGGUCUCUUCCAGCCGAGCUCGCCUUACAUUGAGCUCAAGAGCACCAGUCUGCGCCAUACCCGAACACGCAGUGAAACAGACGGUGAUGAUAUGUAUGCAGAUGAUGUGCAGCUCCGUCCGGGCCAUGCGAACAGUCCAGGGAUGAAAAAAAUAAUCGGAAGCGUACGUCGCGCCCUAAGUAUCAAACAAUCACCUCACGGAAGCCCGCAUUUAGGAGCACACGUUCACCAACGAAUGGCACCUUCCAUACGCUCCUCAAACCCAGGCACAAUGACCACAAUGUCAGGAGGAGUUCGCAAACAACGCACAAUUCGAACAAAGCCAGAAAUACGAAUCGAUGCUUUAGCCUCCAGGGUCACCGAGAGCUUCAAGGAAGCCGUCGAAGAGCAGUUGAGAAACGAAGACCAGCGACGAGAGAGCAGUGUCGAGCCUCCUGAUCUGGGCGGAUUUGAAUUCGAGUUCGAGAACCGUAACACUUCCUCCACCGGCGACGAUGCACAGGCUCCUAGGAAUCCAGACCCUCGAGUGUACAGCAAUAUCACCACAGGCAGCAAGUCGAUCCUCAUCAUCGACGACACUGGGCCACCUCCAUUGCCUAUGAUGUCAGGAGCUUUGCCACCUGCUGCGUUAGAGAAGCCGAGACUUUCAAGCACGCCGCCAAAAGCCCUUCAACGCAAUCCAUCAAUUGCUCAACGACUUGCUGAAGGCGACAUGGUCGUUGUGCGCCAUUCUGAUCUAUACAAGGAUCCUACUCCUAAAGUCUCAAUCGAGGAACGACGUUUGUCUCGUCCUUUAACGCAACAGUCUCGAGCCCCGCAAAGGCGGUCUAUGUCAGAGGGCAGGGAGCAGCUGCAUUCGUUCCAGCGGCGAGGCUCAACGAGGAAGUCCAUGGCUCGAACUUCAUUACGGCGACAUGCAUCAUACAACAGUGUUUUGAGUCGUCGCCGUCAAGGUCCCGAGAGCGUGGCUACGUUCAUGACAAUGUCGUCUGAUAACGACCCUUUUUUCCUAGAGCGUCAAGCACCUCAACCUAGCGGCCCUGGCCGCAUGCUUCGUCGAAAACCGGGAGGGGAUCUGCGUGCUGCUGGUAACAUCCAAGAUCUUGAUACGAACCCACGUCCACACUCCACUGGAUCAGUCUCCAACCGCACUCACUCGAUUGCAAACUCGGUCAUUCUGCGAUCGGACCGCUACGUCGUCCCAGAGCCGGAUGCAAGUCAACCGACCGAAGCAGUUGAUGAAACAGUCAUUGAGAAAAAGACCAUAUCCUUGGUUGACACACAUUCCUCGCAGCCCAAUUUGAGGCCUUCCUUUGAAGCUGAAGUCGCGAAGCUUGCAGCAUUGCCAGAUGAUACAGACGACGAAGGCGGAGUCGAGGCAGCGCUGAUGAAGCUUGAAGGUCGAUAUGAGAAGAAGUCUCCACGAGAGUCCUCCGUACGAGCCUCUGUUGUCCAGCCAGAAGUCUACCAACCUACUGGAGCACCUGGUGAACUUGUCAUCCCACCAUAUGUGCCAAAGCAUUCUGAGGAGCACGGCGGAACCGAUGAUAGCCUUCAUCGACCGCUCGCCACUCCCGGUGCAGAAGGUCAGGAAAUGUUUCAUCUGUCUGGAGAGAACUUCAAUCGCCGCGUGCCCCCUGUUGUUAGCACAGCUGCAGAAUCAGAGGACUCUUACUCCUCAGUACCGCUCCUUGACCGCGGUCUCAGCGACGUCAUGGCCGGUGGGUGUACGCAGACUUUCGAUACUAUGAGAUCGUCGGCCAAGCCUUCACCUCUGCAGCUGACUGAGAAUACAACAGCCCAAACAACAGCGCCUGCGACCAAACCCUCCUCUCCGGACUCGUCACUCGAGUAUGUGGUCGAGACGGACAGUAUGAAGAGGAUUCCGAAUGGCGGUACUCUUCCAUCCUCUUCGAUCAUACGUCAAUCAUUUCUUCUCAACGAAGAUGAGGAUCUGAGCGACUUAGCUUCUACGACAACCGGCGCCAGGUCGGACGAGAUGUCACACGGUGUACGCAGCUUCUUUGAGGAUGAGCCGGCAGUGAUGGACCACACGUCAGACAAUCUUCCUACACACCCAAUGCGUCACCCUCCUACGCCGCCUUCCACGGCAGACCACCUGAAGGAAGCUGCCCCAUUAACGACCUGGGAUCGAGAUUUACCUACGCCAGGCUUGACACCUACUGCAUCUCGACCUGAUCAGUUCAACCAAAAUACCUCUGAUCAACACAUCAAGUUACAAGAGUCGCCGCACCUCGGACAGCCAAUUAAGACUGCUCACCUACCAUUCGUCAUGGCUUACGAUGCAGAGCUACUCGCGCAGCAAUUCACAGUCGUGGAAAAAGACGCCCUGGACGAGAUCGACUGGAAGGAGCUUAUUGAACUUCGCUGGAAGCAGUCGUCACCUCAAAUUCGCGACUGGGUACAUUAUCUUCGUACACAAGAGGCGCGCGGUGUCGAUGUCGUGAUCGCUCGUUUCAACCUAGUAGUAAAGUGGGUUGUAUCUGAGUGCGUUCUCACCGAGAACAUCGAAGAGCGAGCUCGCUGCAUCGUCAAGUACAUCCACAUUGCAUCGCACGCACGUAGGCUCAGGAACUACGCCACUAUGUACCAAAUUGCCAUCGCGCUAAUAUCCAACGAUAUCUCUCGACUUCACAAGACUUGGGCCCUCGUGCCCCUGGCUGAGAAGCAGACAAUGAGGGAGCUCGAAGCGCUUGUCCAGCCACUGCGGAACUUCCACAACCUCCGCCUAGAGAUGGAGACAGCCACUGUAGAGGAUGGCUGCAUCCCAUUCAUCGGCAUCUACACGCGCGAUCUGAUCUACAAUGCACAAAAGCCAGCCUUCAUCGACGCACCGCCUGUGGACGGCGAACGACUUGUGAACUUCGAGCGACACCACACAGCAGCCACAAUUGUCAAGAACCUCCUGCGUCUUCUCGAAGCCAGCUCCAAAUACAACUUCAGAGUCGAUCCCGACCUGAUCAGCAGAUGUCUCUGGCUCGCUGCGCUCAGCGAUGACGAACUCGCCAAGCGCAGCCGCCAAUGUGAAUAACUUUCAUAGCACAUAUACCUUUCCUACUGUCUCACCAUUUCCUUGUCAAUACCCACUCGGAUCCUUCUGGCGUCCGAUACGAGUUACGACCCGCAUCUGCAGCACAUUUUCUGCGCAUAUACACCUGAUAUUAUCCCUACUUUCUUUUAAACUAUUAGAUCUAAGAGCUCACGCUUGCAGAUAAUCAACUGCUCAGCAGUAUUUUCCUAUGUACGAUGGAGGGUAAUGUGCACACGUUGUGCACGUGUACAGCCUAGGAAGCAUGGAGGUUUGACGAAGACGCGUCUGUAGCGUUUCAUUGUUGCUGUACAUACAAGACGAGCGUAUUGAGAUGGCC